AUGAUAAAUUUUAUGUUAUUGUUUAGUCGUCAAGGUAAAGUGCGACUUCAAAAAUGGUAUAGCUCUUAUACGGAGAAAGAAAAGAAAAAGUAUUUGCGCGAAAUUAUUUCUCUGGUCUUUGCAAGGAAACCAAAAAUGUGCUCGUUUCUAGAAUGGCAAGACCUUAAGAUUGUGUACAGGAGAUAUGCUAGUCUCUAUUUUGUGUGCGCUAUUGAUCAGACAGAUAAUGAAUUGAUUACAUUGGAAAUUAUUCAUCGUUACGUGGAGAUUCUGGAUAAAUAUUUUGGAAAUGUCUGUGAAUUGGACAUAAUCUUCCACUUUGAAAAAGCUUACUUUGUUUUGGAUGAAUAUUUACUAGCUGGUGAAGUACAAGAGACAGGGGCAAAAGAAAUUCUUUCUGUGAUAGAUGCACAAGAUAUAAUUCAAGAGGAUGAAGUCCCACAAAAACUUUUCGAAGAUCAAAGUCUCAAUUGA